AAUUGCUAAUUUCGGCACUUUAGUAUCUCAUUGGAUCGAAGCAGAAAUGAAGGGGUUUUUACUGAUAUUUCUCUCAAGCACUGUUUUUGGUGCCACCAUAAAAAAGGACUGGCGUAUCGUUGGCGGCGAAACGGCAGCGGACGGUGCUUUUCCUUACCAAGUCUCUUUACGUUUCGAUGGACAGCAUAACUGUGGGGGAUCAAUUAUUGAUGCCACCACUAUUCUUACUGCAGCUCACUGCCUAUAUGGUUUUGAACAAAUGCCUAUGUCUAUCACCGUAGGCUCCAACACCUUAGAUCAAGGCGGCGAUUCGUACGAAAUCGCUGAGCGCCGACCUCAUGACUUGUAUGACCCGAUGGGAGGAUACAGGAACGAUAUUGGAAUAUUGAAGUUAAAGACUCCAAUCGUGUUCAAUGAAAAGGUUAAACCCGUAAAACUAUCAGAAAACUAUAUAGGCACCUCUAUCGGCUGUGUUUUGUCUGGGUGGGGAAUGACGGAAUUCCCCGGAGACGCAGCCAACGAGUUGCAGUAUCUGGAUUUGGUAACCUUUCCUCUUGACAAAUGCAUUGAGAUGUGGAAAAAUUCUGAGUUUGGCAUACCAAUUGACGAAAGACAAGUUUGCACUUUUACAAUGGUUGGUCAAGGAGCAUGCAAAGGUGAUUCCGGCGGUCCAUUAGUUGCUGGAGAUGGAAUUCAAAUCGGUGUUGUAUCACUGGGAGAUCCAUGCGCCAAUGGCAUGCCCGAUGUCUUCACCAGGGUAUCCUACUACAGAGAUUGGAUCGAGAAGAACAGACAAUAAUUUCUUCCCUGUCAAUGUGUUAUCAAAUUACAAAGUAGUAAAGGACAUAAUUACUAACUCUUUU